AAUACUUCUGUCAAAGUCAAACAAAAAUGGAAAAUCAAUCGUUGCUCGCCGCUAAAAGAAAUAUGGAAACAUAUUUGAGAUUCUUAAGUAUAUAAUUAUCACAAUUGUACCAUCAUGCGGCGAAUGUAGCGGUAGUGCUCUUUGUUCAGAAUGCGUCACUGUUACUGGACAACUUGAAUUGUUCAUUAUUUUCUAUUGUCAUUAAUAAUAAUCGUUUUUUUGAAUGAAACAUUCAAUUCUAUUUGGAAAAUAUUCGCGUGUUGACACAACAUAAAUUUUGCAAGAAAGAAUACAGUCGUACAAGAUGUCCCGUUCUUUGUUAAGUUAUGAAACCCUCGUGCACGCUAUGGCAGGGGCUACGGGGAGUGUAGUUGGCAUGACAGUUUUUUACCCACUAGAUAUACUGAGAUCAAGACUUCAAGUUGAUGAAUCUGACAAGUUGAAAGGAUCUCCUUGGGAAUUACUCUUACGCCUAGCAAAUGAUGAAGGUGUAAUUUCAUUGUAUCGUGGGCUGGCACCUGUUUUGCAAUCACUUUCAGUGUCAAACUUUGUUUAUUUUUAUACUUUCCAUGCACUUAGAAGAGUAACACCAAAAAGUAAUUCUGCUCUUCAAGAUCUAAUGUUUGGAAUUUUAGCAGGUGUAUUUAAUGUUCUCAUAACUUCUCCUCUUUGGGUUGUUAAUACUCGGAUGAAGUUAGAAAAAAAUAAUUAUGGUAGUCUAGUUGAAGGUUUGUGGGAGGUUUAUAAGAAAGAAGGAUUGCAUGGUCUCUGGUCAGGUACAGUGCCCUCCCUGCUUUUGGUUUCCAAUCCAGCUAUCCAGUUUAUGGUGUAUGAGACAAUGAAAAGGAAAUUGAUGUCUACUGGUAAAUUUGACAAUCUCACAGCUUUUAUUGUUGGUGCAUUGGCUAAAGGUGUGGCAACAACUUUAACUUAUCCCCUACAACUUGUGCAAUCUCGACUUAGAGCUGGCACUAGUAUCAAACCAUUAUUAAAGGAUAUUAAAUCAAAGCCCUCAAUAGCUUUCCGUGGUCUUGAAGCAAAGCUUUUGCAGACUGUGAUGACUGCUGCUCUGAUGUUUCUCAUAUAUGAAAAGCUUGUCAGAUUAGUCCUAGCUAUUAUGAGAGUAAAAAUUGUAAAGCGACAGUGAAGUAAUCUUAACAGACAACCAUUUAUUAGUACUUUGUAGUUUUCACCUCAAUUUAUCAGUUGCUAUAAGAGAAAAUGUUUACAAGCAAAAAAUAAAUUAUUCACUCAGCCCAUUGUCUUAUAUAACAAAUUUUUAAUGCUGUGGAUGUAAAUUAUAAUGAA